AUGUCUCUCACAACAACAAGUUAUGUGCAACACAGCUCGGACAUUGAUACAUCAUUGCUUAGGCUAGCGUGCAGCCGUACCACAAUAUAUGAGUCCACGCGCAUGUCAGGGGAAAACCGCAAGGCACAUUACAUGCUACCUGUGGACCGACGCGAAAGCUUAAGCGACAUACUCGAAGCUUCGUAUGCGCGUAAUAUGUUGCGGUAUUUUAGUAAGGAAUACCCAGAUUACUUCGCAUACGAUCAUAGUCUCAUUUUACAGGCGGGUAACUUGGUUAACGAGUCAAUGCAACUUGUGAUGCACGGUCAGCGCUCCAUAUACCAGGAUAAGCGCAUUUCAGGCGAGAAUCGCACGCCGCAUCGCAUGUUGCCUACAUAUCUCCGUGCCGAGCAAAAUGACCGCUGUUCGGACGCUUUGGAUGCGUUGUACGCCAGUGCCAUGGCCAUCUAUACCGCUGCUGAGGCUCAAAGCCGAUUGUAA